UUGUGGGGCGGCGCGCAGGAGAGUCGCUGCCGCUGCUGCCUUGGGGCCGCCAUCUUGUCUCCGUGCGGACUCGCCGCCGCACUCAGGGCCCGCUCCUCCUCCUCCUCCUUGGCGGCGCGGGCGAACGGGAGCCGGGGGGCAGCGAAGCGGCCCGGCUCGGCGGAUGCGCGCGGCGGCCCGCUCCUGCCUGGGCAGCCGCUAGCGACGCGGGGGGCCCGCCCCGCCAUGGGCCGGUCCCGCAGCCGCAGCUCGUCACGCUCCAAGCACGCCAAGGCCUCCAAGCACAAUAAGAAGAACCGCAGCCGCUCGCGGUCGCGCUCGCGGGACAAGGAGCGGGCGCGCAAGCGCUCAAAGUCGCGGGAGAGCAAGCGCAACCGGCGCGCCCGCGAGUCCCGCUCGCGCUCCCGCUCCAAUACGGCGCCCUCCUCCCGCCGCGAGCGGGAGCGCGAGCGGGAACGGGAGCGCGAGCGGGAGCGCGCCUCGUCGCCCCCCGACCGUAUCGAUAUCUUCGGCCGCACCGUCAGCAAGCGCAGCAGCCUGGACGAGAAGCAGAAGCGCGAGGAGGAGGAGAAGAAGGCCGAGUUCGAGCGGCAGCGCAAAAUCCGCCAACAAGAAAUUGAAGAGAAACUCAUAGAGGAAGAAACUGCACGAAGAGUGGAAGAACUUGUGGCUAAGCGCGUAGAGGAAGAGUUGGAGAAACGGAAAGAUGAGAUUGAGCGAGAAGUUCUUCGCAGGGUGGAGGAGGCUAAGCGCAUCAUGGAAAAGCAGUUGCUCGAAGAACUCGAGCGACAGCGACAAGCUGAACUUGCUGCACAAAAAGCCAGAGAGGAGGAAGAACGUGCAAAGCGUGAGGAACUAGAACGAAUACUAGAAGAGAAUAAUCGAAAAAUUGCAGAAGCACAAGCUAAGCUGGCUGAAGAACAAUUGAAAAUUGUUGAAGAACAAAGAAAGAUUCACGAGGAGAGGAUGAAACUAGAACAAGAGAGACAACGUCAGCAAAAAGAAGAGCAAAAAAUGAUCCUGGGCAAGGGAAAAUCUAGGCCAAAACUGUCCUUUUCAUUAAAGACCCAGGAUUAAAUUGCAACUCUGAACUCUUUAAAAGAAAAAUGAACCAGAAAAACUUUGUAUGGUAGCUUCAUGUUGAAGUGGUUUUUUUUUUUGUUUUGUUUUUUCCCUUUUUCCCCCCCCCUCAUUUUUUUUUGUCUUUUUUCCUUUUUUUGAAAGUCUGGAAAGUUAGCUUGUUCUAACAGGGGCUGUGCUCUGGAAUUCUGAAUUUUAUUUUUUUUUUACUUCCAUUAAGUUAAAUUCUUAUCAGAUCAUUGUUGCCUUUUAGAGAGUAAUCUGUUCUCAUCCAUUUUGUUUUUGUAAUGGUGGUCUGAAAGAGAUCAGGUCACUUUAUAAAUUGCAGAUGAUCUGAUAAGCUUUUACUGACCCACUGAGCAGAGGUCCAUUCUUAUAUAAGAUGGAGCUUAAUGCUGGGUUUUGCUAGGUUUUUAAUAAAAAAAAAAAAAAAAGUAAAUUCCCAAGGUAUUACUGGACUUCUGUGGUUUAUUGUUAAAUCAGUGUCCCACGAUACUGUUCCACUGUUGCGCUUGAUGUUCCUGAUACAGGUAAGGAAACAAUUGGUCAAUUCUACUAUGAAUAUGUAUAUAUAGAAAGAGUUCAGUAUUGCCUCUAAGUUUGUUUUUAUUACAUUGACAACCUUCAACCAGCGUUCCCCAUUGUGUAAAUAAACCAAUUUGCUGAAUAAAGUAAAGUCUUAAAUUCA